ACCAUGGGCCAAGGAUUUUCCGGCCCCAACGCCUUCAAAUGGCUCGGCUUCACGCCCAAAGCCACAGCCGUGCUACAAGCAGACCCAUUCCUCUUCACAGCGUUGAUCCUCGUGCUUCUCGGCUGCACCUCCCUAGUUUUGCUGGCUGUAUAUAUACAUUUCGUGACCAACAAGGUCUAUAAAAAACCUAAACCAGUGAAGGGCGCGGUGAAGGGGGCGAAGAAAUAGAUGCUGGUGGUUUUUUGGGGC